AUGUCGCUCGACACCCAGGUCGCUCUCGCCCGUCCAAAUCGCGGCGAGUCUAGCCAUCUUUCCCGAGCCGCGCGGCAGGUCGUCCCGCCCUUUCUCCAAAAACUAUACGAAAUCGUCAACGACCCUGCCAAUGAGGAGCUCAUCCGCUGGUCUGAAAAUGGGGAUUCCUUUUACGUGCUCAAUCAUGAAAAGUUCGCUCGCGAGGUGCUCGGUCGCUGGUUCAAGCACCAGAAGUUCGCGUCCUUUGUCCGGCAGCUGAACAUGUACGGGUUUCACAAAAUUCCUCAUCUGCAGCAAGGCGUCCUGAAGAGCGACACUGACACCGAACCAUGGCACUUCGAACACCCCAACUUUCACCGCGGCCAGCCAGAUCUCCUCUGCCUCAUCCAGCGCAAGAAGCAACCCACGCACGGGACCGGCGAGGACGCGGCCACCCUCGACGUCCAGGAGCCGAACCUGCCCCCGAAUGGCGUCACAAACGUCACCCCCAACCAGCUCAUGGACAUCAACUCGAUCGUGAGUGGCAUCGCGGUCAUCAAACGCCACCAGCAGGCCAUCUCCUCCGAACUCUCCUCCCUCAAACAGUCCAACGACGCCCUCUGGAAGGAGUCUGUUGCGGCGCGGCAGCGCCAUGCCAAGCACCAGGACACUAUCAACCGCAUCUUGAAGUUCCUAGCUGGGGUGUUCGGGCACACCGACGAUGCUGGCCAGUCGAGCGAAGGCUCAAAUACUCCCCCUCAAGUUACGCCCCGCAUACGACAACGACUGAUGAUUGGCGACAGCGUGCCGAAUUUGAAGGGGAGGCAUGUUGACAUCACCGAAGUCGAGGAUGACGAGGCCGACCUCCUCCGGAAUAAGAGGCUCAGGUCACUCUUCUCUGGUGAGUUAUUCUACACGCCACAUACUUGCAAGACGGGCUGUUGA